AUGCUGGCGGGUCCAUCUCUUUCGUGGAAUUGGUGGGUGGCGUUGCGGAAGUCGACGAGGAAUACGAAUUAUCAUGAAAGCUUCAGCACGUGGUUGCAGCAAAGCGAGUACCAGGAGAUGUCAAGGGCUGGUAACUUAGGAGUCGUCUGGAACAAGCUGCUGUCUUGGGGCAUCCUGACUCAGUUUGAGGACUUCUACGGCGAGUGUGCAGACUUUCUCCACGCUGAAUUGCCCAAAGCUGAGAGCAUACUUCAGACCAUGAACUCGUUUGCCAACUUGUUGGAAUCUCGCUUCGCUGGCCAACCAUCCAGUCUCAUGGGAGCUGUUUUCUUUGAGAUCAGCAAGUUCUGCGCUCAGCCCUCAGGUUCCAGUGCUGAAGAGUGCCAGUGCGGACAACGACGUGCUAGCCGGGUUCGUCCGCAGCUACAGAACUUGUUCAUGAGCGCACUCGCUCGUGGGCAAGCGCAACUGCCCGAUGGCUGCAACGCCGAAGAGGUUGUGGGGAAGAUGAUUUCGGAAAUCGCGCAGGGCGAGCGGCCCGCCUUGCGGGCGAAAGGGCUUGGCAAAGGCGGGAAGCAGAGCCAGAGCCAGAACGACUCACUUUUGGGUGUGUUACAUGAUGCCAGCGCUUGCCGAGAGUGCAAAGGAUUUGUUCUAGCGAACAACUCGCCGGACGUUCGGAAGCAUUCAGCUUAUUUGGCCUGCAUGAGCAAGCUGCGGUCAGCUUUCUGCACCUGCGUGGAUCCAGGCGAAGAUGCUGGUUUUACUUCAUGCGAUUUCCACCAUGAAUCCACGCACACGAUUGCAGACUUCACAUGGGGCCUGGCAACAUUGAUGGAGCAAGAAAGCAUCGUGCCUGCAUCAGUGCCGGCAGUGGGAGCAGCUGCUGUGCAGCUGGGGAUGAUCGUGCAAGAAAUGGCAGACAAACAGACGGCAGAGGCAGCAGAGAGAGCUGCAAAGGGCGACAUUGGCAGCGAGGAGUGUGCCAAAGCAGCAAGGACGCAGGACUGA